CCACUUUGACGUCCUACGACCGACAUGUGAGUGCCAUUGCACUGAGUGCCACGUGCGAAAUCUCUCCGCUUUCGCAGUGCUUUCGAUUCGGAGUGGACUUCGAAAACCGACUGCGGUUGUGACGUAUAAAGCUGACCUCUAAAUCAUCGCACUUGUUCAGUCCAGACUACAAGACCAAUUUACACUUUCUCCGUGGCUACAUCCUUACCUACAAACCACUCAGUGAAUGUGGAAACACUUACAGCAGCGAAGUGAACCUGGAAACUCUUAGCAAUGUCAUCAGGCCCGUAUCUUCAUGGCCAUCACGCCUCAGUCCUUCGCUCUCACAGCUGGCGAACGGUGGAGAACUCAUGUCCGCACCUUAUUCCGCACCUCCAUAACACGUCUCUCAAAAUCCUCGACGUAGGUUGUGGCCCGGGAACCAUCUCAGUCGAUCUCGCGGCCCGCAUUCCUCAGGGUUCAGUUCUCGCCAUCGACCCUUCUCAAGAAGUCAUAAUGAAAGCACGGAAACAUGCCGAAGAGAAAGGUGUUACAAAUAUACGUUUUGAGGUCGGGGACAUCUUCAACUGGGGUGCUGUUGCAGGCAUCGAGGAGAGCGGCUUCGACAUUGUACAUGCGCACCAGGUGCUACAGCACCUACAAGAUCCCCUUAGCGCAAUGAAGGAAAUGAAAAAGCUCACUCGGAAAGGCGGUAUCCUCGCGGUCCGUGAUUGCGAUUAUAGUGCUAUGAACCAUUACCCUCCCAACGAGGGCAUGAGCAAGUGGCUCGACCUCUAUAGAUCGGUCGCGAAGAGCAUCAAAUGCGACCCGGACAUUGGAAAGAGACUACAUGCAAUAGCCAUGCAGGCUGGCUUCCCAAGGAGUGAUAUCGAUACGAGCGUCAGUGCAUGGACCUUCAGCACGCCGGACGAGCGAGCAUGGUGGUGUGGGUUGUGGGCUGAGCGAAGCACCAAGAGUGAUUACAAAGCCAGGGUGCUAGAGAGUGGAUUAGGCACUGAGGAAGAUUUGGAAGAAAUUGCGCGAACAUGGAGGGAGAUGGAAGGCAAGGAGGACGGGUGGUUCGCUGUAAUCAACGGCGAAGUGGUGGCCUACAAUAGGCCUUAGACAUCGGAUGUUUUUCUAUAAUGCUAUCCCGUACAAAGUCAGCAAC